AUAGAAGAUGGGAAAAAAAAGAAAAAAAAAGAAGGAAGAAAGACCCACCACUAACCUCAUCAAUACCCUCGCUCGCAUUCCUUAAUAUCCCCUCCUCCCACAUCUUCGAUUCCAUUUUCACACACACCAAAAUACACUCUACUAUGCACAUCACUUCCUUCUCUUUCUCCUAAAAUCUCCCACCCUUCCAUUCUCUUCUCUCUUUCUCUCUCCUAAUGACACCUUUGCUCGGUCUCAUCUUCAUGGGUAUCCUCACUUUCAUCCCUCCCGACUCCUCCGCAUCUAAGCCAACCAAACAACCCCGUAAACAACACCACCAUAAAACAGAACCACAACAACAACAACAACAACAACCAAAACCCAAGUCGAAAUCGAAACCGAAACCGAAGCCAAAGCCGAAACAAGCCUCGUCAUGGGACCAAAUAAAGAACCUUCUAACUUGCAAGCAAGUAGAAGGUUCUAGAGUCCACGACCCAUCAAAACCCGCCGUAUCUUCAUCUUGUGGGUCAAUGUGUAGUUUCCGUGACGUGGUUCACGGGAAUACUAGAGUUGUUCACCGGUCUGAUAACUCUUCCCCUGAAAGUAGCUCACUAGGUCAGGAAGCUCGGCUCCUGCACCGGCGUAAGACCGGCCCAGGCUCCGUUUCCAGUCGGUCCUUGUCGGGUUCGGUUAGAUCGGGCACCAGUGUCACCACAACACAUUCUGUGUCCUCUAGAGGAAUGCCCUUGAGGAAGUUGUCCGGGUGUUAUGAGUGCCAUAUGAUUGUUGAUCCUAGCAGGUACCCAAUAAUACCAAGGUCAACAGUUUGUGCAUGCCCACAUUGUGGAGAAGUUUUUCCAAAAAUUGAAAGCUUGGAGCAUCAUCAAGCAGUUAGGCAUGCAGUGUCGGAGCUGGGACCGGAGGAUUCGGGUAGAAAUAUAGUGGAAAUAAUAUUCAAGUCAAGCUGGCUAAAAAAGGAUAACCCAAUAUGCAAGAUCGAACGGAUACUAAAGGUUGAAAAUACACAAAGAACAAUCCAACGGUUCGAAGAUUGCAGAGAUAUGGUGAAGUUGAGAGCAAAUAACAACACAAAGAAGAAUCCAAGAUGCGCCGCUGACGGGAAUGAGCUACUAAGAUUCCAUUGUACUACUCUUACUUGUUCUCUGGGCGCACGUGCUUCUUCUAACCUUUGUGGUUCCGUUCCUGGUUGCGGCGUUUGUACCAUUAUUAGGCAUGGGUUUCAAGGAAACAAGGGAGUGAGGACAACAGCGAGUAGUGGAAAGGCCCAUGAUUCGUUAUUAGAUUGUACGGAUGGACGUAAGGCAAUGCUUGUGUGCCGUGUAAUAGCUGGUAGAGUGAAGCGCAGCGCCAACGAUGCUCCGGCAGAAGAGGAGAUCAUGUCUCUUGACGGUCAAUCCGGUAACACCACUUAUGACUCGGUAGCCGGGUCUUCCGGAAUCUACUCUAGUCUAGAAGACUUGGUGGUCACUAAUCCCAAGGCUAUUCUUCCUUGCUUUGUAGUCAUUUAUAAAACCCUCACCACAACCUAACUUAAUUAAUCGUCGCAUUUUAUUAAUGUCGGCUAACUUGCAGAAAAAAAAGGUUAUCCAUGCCUCGACCUUAAAAAGUACUUGUGUAUUUUGAUCCCGUAAAUUAUAUUUAAGUAGUGUAACAAGUUAAUUAGAAUCUUUGUUUCUUGUUAUUGUUGUUGUAUGUGGUUGUACAUAUAAUUAAUUGUACGUAUAAUGUAUUUACGUGUUUUUUCA